CAUUGCCUAAAUUUAUGUAAAAACAUAAUACAUACGCACGAUAUACGUGUUUUUCAGGUUUUAAAUGAAACUGAAAUCUCUCAGUAUGUAGCCGGAAUUGCAUUUCAUUGGUAUGCCAAUGCUAUUUCUCCUCCUGAAAUACUAGACAUUACUCGAAAGAAAUUUCCUAAUAAAUUUAUAUUGUCGACGGAAGCUUGCGCUGGAUCUUUUCCUUGGGAUAAACCCAAAGUUAAAUUGGGAAGUUGGGAAAGAGGAGAAUCUUACGCCCAUGAUAUAAUACAGGAUUUGAACCACUGGACCUCUGGAUGGGUUGAUUGGAAUCUGGCACUUAAUCCAGAAGGUGGGCCCAACUGGGUUAAGAAUUUUGUCGAUUCUCCUAUAAUUGUAAAUGUCACGGCUAAAGAAUUUUACAGACAACCAACGUAUUACGCACUGGCCCAUUUCAGUAAACUACUUCCUCCGGGAUCCGUAAGAAUUGAUUCAAAUCUGAAAGGUUUGAAUGUAGACAAAUUUAAUAUCGUUGCAUUCGAAAGGCCUGACAAUGGAACUGUUUUAGUAAUAAUUAACAGUAAUGAUUUUCCGGUAGAUUUUAUUCUUCACGAUUCCGGACGCAGUUUAAACUAUGCCUCUUCGCCUCGUUCGUUUCAGAGUAUUCUUUGGUAGUCGAUUUUGAAAUAAUACAGUUUCGCUAAUAAAACAUAUAUUUUACUACAAUAUAUUUUACAAAUUCGUUCAGAACUUCUUAUUUUAAAAUUAAAAUUUACAUUAAAUAAAGUUUGUAUAUUGAAUACAAAUUAUUUAUUUACUUUUAACCUUUCCAAUUAAAGAAGAUUUUUUUCUUCCAUGUUCACGAAUUGGCAUGCUCCAUCAACUUGUGUCUCAUUGUUCGAUCGCUUUGGCCGAUCGAACAAGGAUUGAUCGAUUGUUCGAUCGUUUAUUUGGCCGGA